AUGAGCACGACAGACCCGUUAGGCGCGCCGCCGUCUGAUUCAGAACACUCCGUUACAUCAAUCUCGAAGUGUGAUACCUCUACGAGUCAACCAUCCGAUGACGAAUGGACAGACGACGACGAUUUCACAAUCUCACCACUGUCGGACAGAUCACCUCCAAGAGGGACUCAUUGGACUCGAUUCUUCCCUGAACUGUCAUCGCAUUUCUCGCUGGUGUCUCCGAUAAGCACCACUAUUCCUAAGGUGACACCAUUUUCUUUUCUGGCAGACAUGCAGGCAAUUGAUCAUCAAAACCGACAGAAUUCCUCGGAUUCUGGCACUAGAACUGAUUCUCCGUCCUUGUCUGAAGACACUUUCGACACAGCUUCCUCGUGCUAUAGCCGAAGAUCGUCCGUGACAAGUCUUGGCUCCGAACUAGCUGGGUGCCCCUACAAAUCAGCCGAUGCCUUUUCUGUCAUUUCCCCCGCUGCUGCAGGAGUUUUUGAUGACGAUACAACGCCCGUGCUAGUAGGCUCGGCCUCCAAGCUAGUCGUAAAAAGUCCCUCACUGGAUGAGGUGAGAAACAAGCCCCUCCCUCGGGAGCCCCCGAUUGCAUUAGCUCCCUUGUCAGUUCGUCACAAAGGGCCCCGUCCGCUCCAGGCUUGCGAGCGUCCCUCCAGCGACCGACCUCGUACGACUGCCACACGACUUUGGCGUUCUCAGCGUACUCUAUCCCAGGCAGCUGAGGAAUUGGAGAAUGUCCUUGCAGGAAUCACCGAGCAGCGCCACAAUGAGCCCCAAUUGUUGUCCUCGCAGAUCUUCAAUGGGCCCUUGCAGAUAAGCCGGGGAAAUAUGGACAUGAUUGCUACUCGACCAGCUCCAAGGCCUCCUACAAAUAUUGCUUCUACCAAGUCAAACAAUAACUCGAGACAAAAAAUCAGUCACGAAAAAUCAGAGUGCGAUUUGCGAAAAACAAUGAAGAAACCCACUAAGAAUAAAGGGCCCUUCUCGUUUGCGGUCCCUGGAUUCAGUCGCAAGUACACCAAUCCUCAUCUCCGAUCGUUCAGCAGCUCCAGCUUGAAGUCAGAAGUGGAAUCCCCGUCCUUUCGCCCUCAGCGCCCACCGCGCCCGGAAACUAUUCAUGAUGAGGCAGAAGAUACGGCUGAAGUGGCCGAGUCUUCCUGCUUGCCAAUACCCUCCCAACGACAGAGACCAUCGUCCUUUUGCAACGAAAGAGAAUUACGAUCGAAACUGCCUCGGCUUCAGACAAAGCAAGUGCGCAGCCACGAAGACCUCGUCUCCACUUCCAGCUCUGUGGGAGACAAACUGGGCACUGAGAGAUCGAUACCUGCAAUCCGAGCGAACAAUGUGGAGGAGAAGAUUUUUGUCGCCUCGAGCAAAGCAGGACGAUUAAACACCUCAGACUCGCUUUUCGAAUUGGAAGGUGGCCUGCCUCAAAGGAUGGUCUAUGAGCUUGAUGCAGGUUUGCCAUCACCACAUCCCAAAAUUACCAUCUCAGUCCACAAACCCCGCGAGACAACUGCUGUCCAAUUACCAGACAACAUCACCCUCAAAAUACUGGAGCAAGUUUCUUCUCUUGAUGAUCUCUUCCAUCUAGCUGUCGUCUCCAAGCAGUACUACCGCGUUUUCAAACAGCAUGAAUUACAUCUCAUGAAGACUGCUGUCUACCGCAUGUCCCCUCCAUCCUGGGAAUUGCGUGAAAUGAGCCCUCCCUGGGAUAGCGAAUGGCAGAUUCUCGUCGAUCCGGACGCCCCUGUCCCCGAAUACACUCCGACACUUUAUCUCCAACGUUACGCUCAAGACAUCUAUACGCUCGCUCAGCUCAAAUCACUCAUACUGGCCCGGUGCAAUACCUUCCUUCGCCAGGAAACGAUCAAUGGCCUGACGGGCAAAGAUGAUACCCGAGCGGCAGAAAUCGACGACGCCUUUUGGCGAAUCUGGACGUUUUGCCGGAUCUUUGGCUGUGGCAAGAACCGGGAGAAUGAUAUAGUAGGACAGAUGGACUGGCUGAAUGGCGGCGUUAUGGCCCACGACCGUAACAGCAUCGUGACCACGUCGCUCACUGAGCCAUUUGGCAUGAACAAUGUCCUAUUUGAACCGCCGGAAGGGUUCGGGCGCGGAAACGGGGAAGGUCUCUCCCAAAGUCAGCUCUACGACAUGACAGAAAUAUGGACCUGUCUUGCCGUGUUGCUCCAACCUAUUCACGGCAGCCGCUCUGAGGCCCGAAAGGCUGGCGUCUUUGACAGGCUCGACAUUGCAGAAAAUGACACGGUCAAGGAAGAAGCUACGAUAGAGGAAUGGACAUACUAUGUCCUCACGCUGGGCCCUUCGGCAGUUUUAAAUAUUGGCUCAAUUUGUCCUUUCGAUAACGCUGAAGCGACAUUUCAAACGGCGCAAUCCAUUGGACUGACAAAGUGGGAGCCUCCCGACUCCGACAUCAGCCGGUCCACUUUUCUCAAAGAAGCCGUAUCCAGAGCCUACAAGGUACGGGAAGGAAGCCCGUCGCUCAAUGGAUCACGUCUAUCGAAUGCUAGUUCUACCUCUUCCAGAUCUUCUGCUGGUCGCGAGAAAACGUCUCAAACAAGCAGCAACGCGACCGAGAGCAACCAAAGCAAUCGGCGCCGACAAGCCGUCUUCGCAGCUCAGCUGCGAAACCGACGCACUCAACAGCAGAAUAACCCUGGUAAUCCAAUCACGUUCGCCGAGGAGCGCCCGAUCUCAAGCUAUGCCAUGAUAAUGAGACGGCUCGAGGGGCUUCCAAGCGAGCAACCUCCACGUCCACCUCCACCCAGCCAGCAAGUGGCAUCGUCAGCGUCACCGACUCCUCGCUACUGUCCCCCUGCACCCGUCCAGUACUCACAGCUACUCCCUCCACCACCACCACCCACCGCGAACCCAGUUUUCUACAGACCCCAGGUCCUCGACCCCGUCGACCAAGCUAUCCACGUGAUGGUCCACGAGCUUGGCUUCAAAGAAGAAGAUGCCAAAUGGGCCUUGAAGAUCACGGAUACCGGCGAGGGCAUUGAUGCAAAUGCCGCGGUUGCACUGCUCACUAGGGAGCAAGAACGAUACGAGCAACGGCGCAGCGGCCGCUUCGCUUUUCGCUCGAAGAGCCCAUCCCUGCUUGAAUCGGUCAUCAACAGUCAAGAGUCGGUCAACUCUGGCUGGAGAUGGGCUUGA